AUGCUCAAGCCAGCAGCCUCCCUCUUCUUAUGGCUGGCUCUUAAAGUGUCUGGCCAGGGCGCCCAUAAGUGUAGGGGGAUGGACGAGCUCCCUAUCUACGUGAUCAAUACCGAUUCGAAACCAGAACGGUUGGAAUAUAUGAAGCGUGUGUGGGGGUCAGACAUCCACCGCGUGCGUGGACCAGACAACUCUAAUUUUACGGAGAUGAGGCGUGUUGUUGACGUGGGUUCGCUCGCAAACGAUCCAGAGUGGCGUAAUCACAUAGGGAAGGUGACGAAGUCAUCGGUUGGUGAAACUGCAUGUGCAGCUGGGCAUUUGCAGGCAAUUGAGCAAGCAUACAAUGACGGGCAUGCAGCGGUGAUGAUUAUGGAGGACGAUGUUGGUUCGCACCUGUGUCCCUUGUGGCCGGCCUCGAUCCAGGAGGUGAUCAGGCAAGUCCAAGUGACCGAUCCGGAAUGGAACUUAAUUCGCGUCCAGUGGCAUUUCCCCAGGAAGCAGUUGCAGCAGACCAUGAAGGAGCAGGUGGGCUUCGUUAAGGACGCCAUUACCAAGGCCACCGAACUCAGAGCAAAUGCCACAUAUCUCAGUGAUGCAGCCUACCUCAGUGAUGCAGCCUACCUCAGUGAUGCAGCCUACCCCAGUGACGCGGCGAACCUCCGCGGAGGAAUACCGGAAACGACAACCGGAUUUGAUCCCGACACUCCCGCCUCCCACCUCAUUGCGGACCACCUCAUCCGUACCUGGGGCAACUGGAGCGCUAACGACAUUCCCCUUGCGGCCCGGUGCCGGAAGCCGCUUUGGGGAGGCGGUGCAAAUAUUUGGAGUCGUCGAGGCUUGGAAAGGGUCCUGGCAGCGAACAGAGCGCCCGACGGCGCUGAUUACAAGUGGAAAUGCUACAAAGGUCGAUGCCAUCUUGAAACCGCCGUCCUUGCACCCAGCGGUAGCCACUGCUACAUGUCUCUGCCAAGUCUACUGAACGUGCGACUCGUUGAGGAAGGCAGCGGCGUGCGAGGCGGCAUCAAGAGACUACAACACCGGAUUGUGCAUCUCCGAGCAACCAUGAUCAAUGCGCACUGGCUCAUGUCGCUAAUGGAACUUGCCUUCCCAGGCGUACACGACUUCUUGCCGGAAAGCGAACUGUGUGUGACCAUCGACACGAAAUGCGCUCGGUAG